AGCUGGCUAAGAUUAGAGCUCCAUUGAAUUUUCGAAGCGUUUCUACAUUGACCUGUUGAAAACAAUCAAUCCGACGAGUCUUAUAUAAUGAGGAUCAAAACUUAACUGAACAUCGUUGUUCCCGACAUCAACUGCUGAGAAGGUCGCGAAAAUGCUGUCCUCAACAAUUCUCGCUCUCUUCGGCGCAGUCUGCGUGGCCGCCAUCAACUAUCCUGGGGGACAGAGCUUGUGGAAGGUCACUCCAAAAUACCACAUCCUUGGCUUGGAAAACGUACAAUUCAAUGAUAUUGAUUCAUGCCUGGCGAACUGCUACAACAGAAAAGAAUGCUUCGUUGUCGACUUCGACACCAACACCAAGCCGCCCUGCUGGGUGCAGACGAAGAGCAUGGUCGUUGAUUCCUCGCAACUGAAGCCCAUGGACACUGUGACCAACUACAUGCUCAGUAGCAAAACUCCUGCUGUUGCUGUUGCAGUCGUUGCAGCAAAACCAAAAGCUGCUGACUUGACUACCUGCUGGACAGUCACCCCGAAAAACCAUCUGAUUGGAUUGGUACAGGCCCCUUACAACGAUGUACCAUCAUGCACUGACUACUGCUUCAAACUCAAGGAUUGCUAUGCCGUUGAUUUCGACACAAACACCAACCCGAAGUGCUGGGUCCAAACUUCUCCUUCGGUUGUUCCGGAUGUCAGAAACUUGUUUCCAAUGGAGACCGUCACCAACUACAUUCUGAACAAGAGCUGCAAAAAAUAAUGAAUGAAAUUAAUAAUUUAAUUAACUCUCUAUCAAUUGAAUAUUUAAGAACUACCUUAGAAAUUAAACGGUUAACAGGUUUUCAAUUAA